AUGAAAUCAAAGCGACGUCAUCAGGAUUCCUCGGAAGAUUCUUUAGAUUCGGAUGAAAGUGAAAAAUCAAGCAGUUCGUCCGACAGUGAAAGCGAUGUUUCGUCUGUGUCGGACCACCGGCACAAAAAGAAAAGAAAAAGACAUGACUCUUCAAAUUCUGAAAGCGAUUCGGAUGACCAAAAACGGGCAAAGAAACGAAAGCAUAAAAAGAAGAAGAAGAAGCACGGUAAAAAGAAACGCCGUACUGAUUCUGAUGAAGAUUCCGAUGGCCAUGUUUCCAUAAGUGAGGGCGAAAUAUCUGUGAAAAAGAAACGAAAACACAAACAUAAGCAUUCCAAACGAGUGCAACAAUCUUUUGAAAGUGAAGGAGAAAAACAUAUUGAGCGUCGUCUCCACAGUGUAGUUAAAGAGCGACAAGUAGAUCCAGAAGAUCAUCCUUCAAGAACAUAUUACCAAAAAGAAUAUCAGCACUCGGCUACAAAUGAGUUUGAUAGUAGAGAAGCAGAGGUAGAACGUUUUUAUAGAGGCUCCAGUAAAGAUCGUAGAAACCAUUAUCAAGAAAACUAUUAUGGUGAUCCUCAGCGACGGGAAAGAUAUCCUCCUCAGCAAGAUAGAAACAGAGAAAAGUAUGGCCAGAAUAGUCAAAAUCAAGAAUAUGACCAGAAGCCAAGGGAAUAUGAUCAGUACAAAAGGAACCCACAUUUUAAUGAACAGAGACCAGUGGAUAAUUAUUAUCAUAAGAGGAGACCUGAACCAUUUCCCAGAGAAGAGACAAGAGGCCAUAAAUACAUGCAGUAUGCAGAAAGAGGGCCAAGGAGGAAGGAAUUUGUCAAUGAAAGGGAGUAUCAUCCUAGGCGUGGUCCUCCUGAAGAGGAAGUUUUCAGAGAAAGGGAAUAUCCAGACAGACAUGAAAGAUUUGUUGAAGACAAUCCUACAAUAGAAAGGAGCCGGGAGGUGCGACGCGAACGACGACCAGAAAGAAUUGUACCAGAGCAGAGCAGGGAAUUUUCAAGAAGUCCCGAAGUUCGCAAAGAAAAGAGAAGAGUGGAGAUUAAGGAAGAGAGACAAGGCACUCACAGAGGCCGCGAGGAUCGCCGUCGCGAGAGAAGCGGCGAGCGACCGCCUUCAGGCGAGGCUCGUGGGCGAAUGGAUAAUAGACCGAGAGACAGAAAGACUAGGUUUACGGACGCGGGCGAAGACAAAAAGGAUUACAGUUGGGGCAAAGUGGAUGUUAAGAGCGAAGCGAACAAACCUGGAGACAAAGAAAAGCCCAAUUUUGGACUGUCUGGCAAACUGACCGCAGAUACCAACACUGUUAAUGGCGUAGUUAUCAAGUAUACUGAGCCAGAUGAUGCUAAGCAACCGAAACGCCGGUGGAGGUUCUAUCCGUUCAAAGGAGACAAAGCAUUACCAAUUCUGUAUAUACACCGGCUAUCGGCGUUCCUGAUAGGCCGUGACAAGAAAGUGUGCGACAUCCCGUUAGAGCAUCCUUCCAUCAGCAAGCAACACGCUGCCCUGCAGUAUCGCGCCACGCCCUUCACACGACAAGAUGGUUCGACCGGAAGACGGGUCAGGCCGUAUAUUAUAGAUCUGGAAUCAGCGAAUGGCACAUUCGUUAAUAACAAGAAGAUCGAGAGCCGUCGCUACGUGGAGCUUUUAGAGCGUGACGUGGUCAAGUUCGGUUUCUCGCAGCGCGAAUACGUGCUGCUGCAUGAGAACAGCAAGGACGACGCGCAGGAUGAUGACCAAGAUGCGCCGGUCACUACAGACCUUAUCAAACGGGAGAAGAGAGCCAAGGAGGAGCUGGCUGCCGACGGAUAA